ACCUGGCAGCAUUUAGAACGUCGCGUGUUCUGCUCUCUCGUUCGUUACCUGUCUCGUUCUUGAGUGGUACCAUGCGUGGCGUCAUGCGUAGAAAUUUCAUGUUAUGCGAAACAAAGCAGUUCGCGCGACGAAAUGAGUGCCAACGACCUUCCCACGGUGCGCCCUGCGGAACCGACAGAUGAGGAGUCUUCGCCACGGAAGCGACCUCGACAGGAAUCCAUGAGCACGGUCAACGGCACAAGUGAUGUACACGUCUCGCGCAAAGGAAAGUCGUGUUCCCAAUGUCGGAAAUUGAAGGUCAAAUGCGACCUGGGCGAAAAGGGCCGGACGGUAUGCACGCGCUGCACUCGCCUCAAGGUUCAAUGCCUGAGCGAAAGAAAAACCUGGAUGAGCGCAGACCGCAGUGACAGGCCGUCAGAUACGGAACUUGUCCUGGUCAAGCUCGAACGAGCGAUGCGAGAUGUCCUGGAGAAGCUCAAUCUUCCGGAACUGGAACUUUAUGCACAGUCCGCAAUCGUGGACAAUUUCACAUCACCAGCAGUUGCAAGGCCAAAGUCACCCGAACCGACUCCGAACGGGGCCGAUAUAUCUCCAGGUCCGAUGAGCAGUCUAAUCGACGUCACUCGUAUAUCUGGACUGCGGACUCAGCUACGUUCAGUCAAGCAGCGCCGCCGAGGUGGCUACAAAAGAAUGAACUUCGACUUGGUCUCGAAAGAGAAAAUUACUUUGGCGGAAGCCGAAGAGAUGCUGGCGGUAUUUCAUUCUCGACUCUCGCAUCACCUUUCGUCAGCCAGAGUGAAACCAGAUGCAAGCUUAGACGACAUCCGAAAAUCGUCAACAGUGCUUUUCACGUCAAUCAUGAUGGUUAGCGCGCUGCAUAUUCCCGGCAAGGAGCAACUACAUAAAGACUGCCAUGAACACUUUCUGGCUCUAGUGUCAUCUGCCAUUUUCGACCAUUUACAUUCUCUGGACGAUAUACGAGGACUCUGUAUUGCAGCUUUUUGGCAACCGGACCUCACCUGGAAACUUUCUGGUGUCGCCAUCCGCAUGGCUACGGAGCUAAAUCUGCACCAUGCAUUCCAUGAAGCUUUCCACACGCCAGAUCUAUCGGAAGAGACACGCAAUGAAUGUGUAGAGAAGGCCCGAAUCUGGUAUUUCCUUUAUCUACUUGAUCACACAUCAAGUAUAGCAUAUGGCCGUCCGCCUGUGAUGGCAGAGCUUCGACCCAUCAAAGAUUACGAGACGCUUCUGCGUUCAGCUGAAAGCACACCGGCCGACCGGGAGCUACUGGCGGUGGUGUCCGGGUGCGCUAUCGUGAGUCGAGCAUUCGAGUUGUUCGGUCUUGAACCGAAGCGCUCUAUGGUCGGCGAUGACGCGCAUGUCUUGAACCACCUCCGAUUCGUGGAAGACCUCGAUACGUGGAAAGAUAAAUGGGUCAGGUUGCCUGAAAAGGAUCCAGCCGUCAAGCACGAUCUUACUCGUGGGGUGGAGCUGCAUUACUAUUUCAGUCAACUCGUGUUGAAUGCGCUCGUGAUCCGAGGGCGAGAGCUAGAUUCGCUACAGAGUCUUCCAAGCGGACUACGUCCUUUUGCAUUGAGGGCAAUAAAAGCGGCGCACUCAAUCCUGGAGCACUUUACUGACGAGCCAAGCUAUCGAGAUGCUCUCGUCGGAAUGCCGCUCUAUCUCCAUUCGAUGAUUGCGUUCGCGGUGGUAUUCCUCAUGCGACUAUCAAUUCGAUGGCAUACCAUUGGCAUUUCAAUAUCUCCGUCAGAAAGGACCUUUCCUUUAAUCGAAGGAAUUAUCAAACUUCUUCGAGGAUGCAAAGCAGGUGCUGCCCAUAUGGUAUUCAGCAUGGCAAACGGGUUCGAACGCAUGUUGAACAAUCGCAAACAACUCGACGGCAGCGAAACACCGUAUAUGCGCGCUCAAAAUGCUGCGACAUCAGGACCUUCUGCUCGACCAAACGAGUCGCUCUCGCAGAUCCCCCCUGCAGCAGACGUAAAAUCGCAUCAACGGCAAAUGUACCUCAUGCAAGCGCAUGCCCAGGCACAAGCACAAGCGUCGAACAGCCGCCCCCAGGACUAUAGUCCUCACGAAACUACCAACGGCAACUUUCCGCCACCACAACAUGUCUAUGGAAACGCCAAUGGUGCCGAAUAUCCUAUCAGCAACCUCUCGGAUUUCUCGUACGGGCUCUGGGACGAUCAGGACAAAGCCCUGUGGAGUCUGGGGUUGGGUUACGAUUUGUUGGCGCCGAAUGAUCAGGGUUUGCAGGAUUCGGAUUUCCCUUCUUAUGCUUCUUCUUCUGCUCGGCCAUAUGGGUCCGGAAACGACAUUGUCAUGUAAGAAUAAAAUUGAUUUUUGGGUCACGCGGCGGAAGUCUCGGCUGUUUCAUUCGAGAGAGAAAUGCCAUGUAUACUACAUCGAGCAUGGGUUGGG